GCGGACACAAAGGGAAGGCGAGCCUGCGAGCUAGAGGCUGCGUCCGUCCCCGCCCCGCGCCCCCCGCGCGCGCCCCAGCUCCGUGUUCCCCACGCGGCGCGCUCCCUGGCCUCGCGCGCCCGCGCCCCUCGCCCGCGCCGGGGUCCCCCAACGAGGCUGUCCCGAGCGCGGAGGGCCGGGGCCUGGCGGGGAUGCUGCGGGGCUGCCCCGGGCGGCGGCACGGCUGCUAGGAGGCGGCACGGGGCCGGUGUGCCCGGCCUGCCGCUCCCUGAGCUCCCCGCCGUGCGUCCGCGACAGCAUGGGCGCCCAGGCGCCGCUCCGGCUGCCGGCCGCGCCCCCGCUCGCCGUCUGCGGCUACACGUCGGUGCUUCUGCUCUUCGCCUUCUGCCUGCCCGGGAGCGGCGCGUCCAACCAGCCCGCGGGCGGCGGCGGGGACUGUCCCGGAGGCAGAGGCAAGAGCAUCAACUGCUCAGAAUUAAAUCUGAGAGAAUCUGACAUCCGAGCGUGUGAUGAAUCAUCGUGUAAGUAUGGAGGUGUCUGCAAAGAAGACGGAGAUGGUUUGAAAUGCGCAUGCCAGUUUCAGUGCCAUACAAAUUACAUUCCUGUCUGUGGAUCAAACGGGGACACUUACCAGAAUGAGUGUUUUCUCAGGAGGGCUGCUUGCAAGCACCAGAAAGACAUAACAGUGGUGGCACGUGGACCUUGCUACUCUGAUAACGGCUCUGGAUCUGGAGAAGGAGAGGAGGAAGGCUCAGGAGCCGGGGCUCACAGGAAGCAUUCCAAGUGUGGACCGUGCAAGUACAAGGCUGAGUGUGACGAGGAUGCGGAAAACGUUGGGUGUGUGUGUAACAUAGACUGCAGCGGGUACAGCUUUAACCCGGUGUGUGCUUCCGAUGGGAGUUCCUAUAACAAUCCCUGUUUCGUUCGAGAAGCGUCUUGUAUAAGGCAAGAACAGAUCGACAUAAGGCACCUUGGCCACUGCACAGACACAGAUGACACAAGUUUGUUGGGAAAGAAGGAUGACGGGCUGCAGUAUCGGCCAGAUGUGAAAGAUGCUGGUGAUCAAAGGGAAGAUGUUUAUAUCGGAAGCCACAUGCCUUGCCCUGAAAACCUCAAUGGGUACUGCAUCCACGGGAAGUGUGAAUUCAUCUACUCUACUCAGAAGGCCUCUUGUAGAUGCGAAUCUGGUUAUACUGGACAGCACUGUGAGAAGACGGACUUUAGUAUUCUCUAUGUAGUGCCAAGUAGGCAGAAGCUCACCCAUGUUCUUAUCGCAGCCAUUAUUGGAGCAGUACAGAUCGCCAUUAUAGUAGCAAUUGUCAUGUGCAUAACAAGAACAGAUGAUCUGCCUUUGGGCAAGAUGACUGAGCAUAAAAUCGGGCAGUAGAUCAAAGCCGGGACGGGAUGCCAUAACAAACAAUGACAACAGGAACAGAAGAUGGGGAAAAGCAUUUAACAGGCUCACAGCAGCGGCCAUUCACCACAGGCUCACGGGUUAACCGCCUUCCUCUGGUCGUUCAGCCAGCACGGAGAAGUGUCUGGGCUUGGCUUCAGUACUGUUUGAUUCUACAGUCCUUCCUCUUUCUACUGAGCCAUUGAGAAGCAGAGAGGGCAGUGUCGCGUUGUGUGACGGCUGCACUGGGACAGGAACCAGACUCGAUGUUGUCAAGGUUCAGUGUGUUUGACCCCUACCGAUGGUCACGAGCAGAACUGACUGGACUGGGGCAGACAUGUGAUAAGAGGAGACCAUUUAGGGCAUUAGUAGAGGAAAGCCCCUACUAAUCAUGUGUGUGGGGUACAGGAAGAGUAUACUGUCCCCACAUUUGUGCCCCAUAUGGCCACACGUACUGUCAUAUGAGAAUCACAGCUUUUCUCCACCCCUGUCCCUGAACAGCUUAUUGUCUUGUAUGUGGAAUACCGUGAUUACGUUCUUGGACCACACCAUUAAUUUUUUAAGGCACGCCUCUCCCAUGUAGUCCAUUAGGGGAAAGCUGUACAUGCUUGGUGACCAUUUCUUGUGAGGAAUCUUCCUUUAAAUGGAUGUCCCUGCUACCCCGCUUACCUGUGAGUCAUGUUUUCUUCUUUUAUGCAUGGAAUCUUUAUCUUUCUCAAGCUCCUAGAAUGACAGUUUGACAGGGACUUUGAACAUGUCUCGGCCAAACUUUUCACUGUAUAGCAGGAAAAGGUCUGGUCUCAGGAACUUGGGAUUCCUCUCGGUCAUGGUGGGUUAGUGGCAGUUUGAAGCCAGUUGCUUGGUCUGUCAGCCAGCUCCCUCGUGAUGAAAUGGAUGUGAUCCCAGCCCUGUCUACACCAGACGAUUUUUUUAAAUAAGGAUUAGUGAGAGAAAAUCCACUGUAACCACCAGAAACAUUAUCAUUAAGGCUUUUACGUUAAGGCAGAGCAGCCCUCUUUGAAACUGAAUGAAAACAUUAGAGUGGAAAUUGGUUUUGUAAUGGCACUGUUUCCAGGAAGGAGCAUUUGCACAGAUGGCUACUACUAAUACUAGGUGGUUAUUACUAACAGUAGGAUCCAAACUCAAAGUGACCGGAAUUCAACUCUGCGUUUGCACAUUCCCUUGCAAGAGCUGACCAUGCAGUCUGGUGGGUAGAGACAGGAAUAGUUACACUGUCCUGAGAUUUAAUCUACAUUAGGGCCACCUUUACUGAAAUAUAAGAGCAGACACCAGGAGGCCCUCACCUGUAGGGUCCCAGUUUCCUGGGUGGCUCUGUGGCGUGCUGCAGCCAUGUGUCCUCCAGCCCUGCUUGACUUGUUUCCUUGACUUAGAGGACUCUGGUGCAUCCUGUCUGAGAUCACCGAUGCGGUGCUACUCGGUCUCCACCAGCGAAGCUUUUCUCGUCGUUUUGGCUCAGUGAAUGAUGCUCAGGAAAAGUACUCAGAUCAGCAUCUUUUCUACCGACACUGAGAUCAGUCACAGGCACUGAGGAGUUACCGGGCCAGAGAGGCAGAUGUCCCUCUCAGAGUGUGUAUCAGCAGUGUGUGAGCUCUCCCAACUCCAGCCACACAGCAGAGAACAGCCAGUCACUGUGCCUGUCCUCCUCAUUAUUAGUCCUGAACUAAGCGUCUCUUUCUUCUUUCUCUCACGGGGUGCAGUGUGUGAACUGUGUGGUACUUUGACUUCGUAUAAACAUCCUUAAGUGAUUUCGUUUCUUAAUUUCUGUGUUUCCAUGCAACAGAAAAUGCCCCAAGAACAACAGAGGACGACGGCAGAAGCAAAACCUAGGUCACUUUACUUCAGAGACUUCAUCCAGGAUGGUUUGAGCUGCUGACUUUUAUAUGCACACUGACCACGUGAUGUACAUUUAUUAUGUCUUUUUUUAAAGAAUGGAAAUAUUUAUUUCAGAGGCCUUAUUUUUGGACAUUUUUAGUGUAGUACUGUUGGCUCGUAUUUAGAAUAUUCAGCUACAACAGUUUUUGACUGUUUAGUAGUCUCCGUCUUAUGUUUUUAAAUAUGGAAAUUGGCUCCACGGAUUUGUAACACAUGGUAAUACUAAGACUUGCUCUUUAUCCAUGGAAUGUAAUAUUUUUGCAGAGACGGAUGGACCCACUUCAUAGUCGUUAUAAAGUCAUACUUUCUUCCCCAAUGACCACAGCAAAUGACAAAGCAUGAACUAAAAGUAAAGAUGUUUACAGAUUACUUUUCUUACAAAAAAGAAAAAAAAUCUAGAGGACACUGUGUUUAAAUAGAUAUUCAAAUGUUUUUUGAGAUUUAGUACCUGGUUUUUUUUAGAUACUUCCCCUAUUGCAUGAGCUGCAAAGCUGUGUGUGUGUUAGAUGUAACAUAUUUAUAAGCUGAACGAACUGGAACUGACCAUUUCUCUCUUUGGAGAAGUAAUCCUAAUAAUUUUAAAAGGUACCUGGGAAUUAACAAUGGAACAGAUCGUUGAAAAUAGACUUAGAUAUUGUCAAGAUAGGGUGUUUUAAUGAGCAGAUCGGGAGAAAACCUACAGUAUCAGUUAAACUACUUUAAUGCGCGUUCAUUUUUAAACAUUGUAUCUGUUUUCAUAUAAAUGUACAAAUUGUAUCAGUGUUUGUGAAUACAACGCAGAAAUAAUUGUUGAUGAUCGGUGCUCUGAAAGCGAGCUUAAAAAAUGACCUAAGACCUCUAAUUCGAAUCUGUCCUGCAGUAGCUCUAUUAAUAGAUUGUUGGUGUUUAAAAGUCUGAGCUGUGAGUAGAAUGUUAUCGAGGUGUUUAAUGUGUAGUUUAGCCAGUCAAAAUUAUGCAUGUAGAAUUUAAAGACUAUGUUUAAACUUAAAUAUUAAUUUUAAUAAUUUGAUUUGGAAAAGCAUGUUAUAAUAUAAUGUUUUCACUAUA